AUGCAAGAUAAUGAAUCUUUAGGAAGGUCAAGCAGCAUUAUCGUCACUGAUAGAAGCAGCACCCUGAACUCAACACAGGAAUUCACCACACCACACGAAAAUCAGUUUACCACUCAAGCAAACAACCAAUUGCCACUUCAAUACCAAAGCAAAAGUUUUUACUUAAGAGGUAUUAGUGGUACUCUGUUUUCCAAGUUUGAUCAUCGUGUUUCACUAAUAUCCAAUAACUUUUUACAUGAUUUGUUCGUAGAGAAAACAUUUUGGUAUCCGGUAUUAGGUAUUUUUAAAUUUGUUUCAACUCCCUUUUUUUGGAAUUAUAGCAUUAUUUUAGCAUUUUGUUUCCUUUGCAUAUUCGUGAUUGUAGGGUCACUGUAUUACGCGUUCAUCGUACCUCUUUUGCUGACUUGGGCGGUAAUAACAUUGGGACCUCUUGGCUUUGUCAUUGUUCAUAUACAAUGGCUUUUGCAAGCAAACGCCCUUGCUAUCAAGUUGACCAAAGUUCUGAUUUUCCCCACAGUCAGAGAUGAGCUUUUUGACGCGGUACUUUUGAACCAAGGCCAUAAAGUAUUUCUAGAAUCGGCAAAAGUGAUGCCAUAUCAUGUUGCGAAAAAGCCAUCUAAGACGACCCUAGAGUACUGGGUGCUGGUAUUCCCUCAAAAAUGUGCCUCAAUCAUAUUUCACUUGAUUCUGACAGUCAUCCUUAUAAUAAUCUCAUUGAUACCUAUUUUCGGACCAUCCAUUGUCAACCAAAUUUUAAGCCCCAAACGAGGAUUUGCGUAUGCAGAACGAUAUUUAAAGCUUCAAAAAUACAGUAAGGAGAAGUGUAAUGAGACUUUUUAUGAGCAAUUAGGAAAAUACACCGCAUUUGGCAUGAUGGCGGGUUUGCUGGAACUUGUUCCGAUCAUCUCGAUUUUUACUCUCCCUAGUAACAUCAUUGCUGGAGCCUUAUGGGCCUCCGAUGAGAUAAACAAAAGUCAAAGUUAA